AUGUCUAUUCUCGGUGCUAGUAAGGCCAAGCUUAACCAAGCAAUUACCAAAUUGGGAAACCGUAAAAGUCGGUUAGAUUUUCAAAGUAGUGGGUCACUGCAGGCGCUUGAGCUACGUCGAGCUACAAUACAAUCCUAUUUAACGCAAGUUCGCGCAGCGCAGCGCACGCUUACGGAGAAACGCCAAGCGUUUUUAGACGUGGUAAAAAAUUUAGCUAGUGAGGGCGAGAACAGCGACGCCCAAGAAAUUUCUGCUCAGGAAUCUCGCGUAGAUGGCGCUAUUGCGACAGCUGAAUCAAUAAUAUCGUCACUUAGCGUACGUUUAAAUGAAGUUAACACGCUUAUUGACACCAAUCAGCUCAAAUACGACACAAACUCGCACCCGUACGCAAUCAAGAAGAUCAACGGGAACACUCGCCAACGCCAUCUUCUGCGAGUGACACCACUCGUUCGUAUGCACUGCCGCAGCGCACAGUCGACGCGCCCAGUUUGUCGCCGCACUACAUGCAAUACCAACCCCGUAGUACAACCGCAACCCCUGCAGCCAACAUCCUCAGCGCAGCCUGCAAUACAACAUGGCAAGCUCACGCUCGAGCCGUUCACAGGCGAGGCCCAGGUAGUACUCCAGGACCUUGACCCCGACGAGUGCAAUUAUCUUGAGUUGGUGAAGGCUUUGAAGAGCCGUUACGAUCGUCCAUAUAAGACCCGUGCAACUCUUCAUAAGCAACUUCAGCAACUGCCCGCAGCUCGUAACAACGGUCAAGACCUGCGU